AUGUCGAAAAUGAUAGCCGGGCAAAGUAUAAAUAAACCAGAUUCCGUAAAUGAAAACUCAUCACUUAAAGAUAGUCUACAUGGGUACAUCGGUGAUUACAGUACUGAAACAACAAGAUUGAUAGAGGAAGAAGAAAAAUACCGGGAUUCAAAACCAGAAACAAAGAUUUGUUGCUUUUCAUCGCAAAAUUACAACGUAGUUUCAGACAUAAAAAAAGAACUCAAAAACGUGAUGACAAAACCACCAUUAUACCGUUACGUCUUCAUGUUUGUACCAUUAAAUAUCAUACAUGGAGUAGCAUUUGUUCAAAAUUUGCAUCAUAUUCACUAUGAAGACUUUAUUCACAGAGAUUUUCAUCCAGGAAAUAUUUUAAUAGGUGCAAAUACCAACAAUUGA